AUGUGCCAGACUGGCCUUCUUCUCCUUACAAAAAUAAUCAUAAUCUCUUUCACUCUUCUUCUUCUUAUUAUCAUCAUCUGUGUUUGCUGUAACCCUAAUCACAAAAUGACCUCGUUGUUCCCGGAGGAUUUGGCAGACCCUUGGUCAGACUCCAGCACCCCAAUUCCAAAAGUGCUGUCUUCUGUUAGCGUGCUCCCUCAGCCGUCACUAGCGAGCCCUUCACAGCAUAUUAACAACAUCGAUGACGAUAACACCAAUGACUACUUACAGGAACUAAUCGACCAGAAUGAAGAGUUACUGGCCAUCACAAAGUCCAUUAAGAACAUCUCAGUACCCCCAAUAUACCAAGAACUAUACAACGACAACAUCAGAAGUGACGGGAUGGUGGAUUUUCUAGCCAUCGAGUCAGUAUUCGAAAAAGCCGGAUUGAACCAAAUCUCAAUUGAGAAUAUCUUGAAUUUGAUCACCAUGAACCAGCAGGUUGACUUCACAACUGUGGAUAUCACUUUGUGGAAUGUCAUGAUUGGAUUGACUGCAUUAGAACAACAAAAGUUGGGAGCAGGGAACUUUCAAAAUUUGGAAGCCCAUAUUUAUAAUUUGCCUGACUUGGUAUUAGAAAAACCUGGCAGCAGCAGCAACCCAAUUACUGGCUCAGUGAGUGGUAGUGUCUGGUCAGAAAACCCAACCAUUCUCAAUGACCCUGGUGCUUCGCAACAGAGCACCGGGGCAAAGCUCAGGAAAACCUUAAUGGUAGAUGGCCAGAAUAUCAGAAGAGAAUUCAAUCCAAACACCAAUGAUGUGAUAGAUGUGCUGGAAAUUGCCGAAAAGGAAGGAUUAGUAUUCAAACAUAUCAACUACUUGGUGUCUCAUUCCAUUGACUUGAGUGCAUCGCACCCGGCCGAUGCUAAGAAAGUGGUUAGAAGAUAUUCUGAUUUCGUAUGGUUAUAUGAAACGUUACUCAAAAAGUAUCCAUUUAGAAUGGUUCCUGGGUUACCUCCAAAAAGAUUUUCAGGUCCAAAUACAGACCCUUUAUUUCUUGAACGUAGAAAAAGAGGGCUAUCAAGAUUUUUAAAUAUCGUCAUGAAGCACCCUGUUUUGUCAAAAGAAGCCAUAGUUAUCAUGUUUUUAACGAUUCCUGCUGAACUAUCUGUAUGGAGAAAGCAAACCCCACUUGAAAUUCUCGAGGAAUUUGAAGGGAAAAGAAUCUCAAAAAGGUUUAUUGAUAGCUGGGAUAAUAAUCACGAAAAUGUAUGGGAAGAUGCGGAAAAUUCCUUGAUUGGAAUACAAAAUAACUGGGCGAAGAUUACUUUGCUUGUGGAACGAUUUGAGAAAAGAAAACAGUUAUAUAAUACCGAUAAUCAAAAGUUUAUUGAAGUUCUUGGAGAGUUCAUCAAAACCACCAACAAGGUCUAUUCGGUAGAACCAUCGGAUAUUUCCCCGAUAAAUGUCGGGAUAAAGAGUAUGAGCACUCAUAUUAAGACUUCGGCGGCGUUAUUAAAGGAUGAAAGUCAGUUAAUUGAAGACGGGAUUUUGAAAGAAUUUAAAGAAUACAACGAGUAUUUAACAUCGUUGUACGGUCUUUUUGAAAGAAGAAAAAGACUCGGAGGCAACAAUAUUCAUGAAAUUAAGAAGAAAGUGGAGCAAAGCCAAGGGAAAUUAGGGCAACUCAAGAAAAAAUCCGAUGUCAAAGGGUCAGAGGUUGAUAACCUUGUACAAACCAUCAAUAAUGAUAAACAAUUGGUCAUUAGACAAACAAACAGGGACUGGCUCAUUAAAGAGUGUGUCCAACAGGAAUUUCUAAUGUUCCAAGAGACCCAGUACAAAAUCACCAAGGUUUUCCAAGAAUGGGUAAGCGAUAGGCUUAAAUACAGUGAAUUACAUUCUGAAAAUUGGUCGCAAUUGGCUGAUGCAUUGCAAGCGAUGCCUGCUAAUAAUAUGUGA